AUCGCAGCAGCUCACAGCAGGAGUCCAGUGAGCCUAAAACAAAAAACCCUUUUUUAAUAGAGGUGGCUAGGGUUAAAACUAGAAAGUGUCAUGUCUUUUAUUCCUUCUACGAACAUCAACAAGAACAGGAAAUGAGGAAAAAAAUUGAGAAAAAAGAUAUAAAAAAUGGACAGAAAUUUUACAGAAUCUAGUGAUGCUUUUUUUCAUGGUAAUAUUUUCUUAUAAUGGUAGUGAUGGCAGAGCAAAUGGUAAAUGCAGGUGUGUAAUGUACUGGCCGUGUAACCUGGACUGCUUCAUUCUGGGUGUUUUGGGUGAAGUUGAUAAUUUGCUGAAAGACAUAAAAAAAAAAAAACUCUUUAUGUUGGGUGUUUUCAAUUUGUUAUAAACCUUUUUUUUUUGUUUUUGUUUUGUUUUUUGCAUAAACUGUGAUACUUGGGAUAUACAGUACAGUUUAAAUACGUUUUUUAGGCCCUGACUGCAAAAAAUCUCACAGCUAAUAAAACUGGAUUUAUUCAAGUGGACGGGCAGAUGUACUUGAUUGAACCUCUCCCAGGAUCUGAUGAUGACCAAGGAGCACAUGCUGUUUAUAAGCACGAACAUCUGCGAAUGAAGAGAGGAGCUUGUCAAGGCAGCAAUACCAGCACUGUGUAUGAUUAUGGACCAAAAGUGGCCACAAUGCUAAAGCCCCAGCCAUGGCGAUCUGCUCAACUACAAACUGGUACAAGAUACGUGGAACUGUUUCUCGUGGUUGACAACGCGGAGUAUUUAAAGUACAAAGAUAUACCUACAGUCCAACACCGCAUGAAGGAGAUCGUUAAUCAUGUAGACAAGCUUUACCGCUCCCUAAAUUUCCGAGUGGCUCUUAUUGGUAUGGAAAUUUGGACUAAGCGAGACAAAAUAGUAGUGAGCUCUAAUGCUGGUGUGACCUUGGAUAAUUUCCUGAGCUGGCGCAAGAGUGACCUUCUUCGAAAGAAAAUGCAUGAUAAUGCCCAGUUUGUUACUGGAGUGGACUUUGAAGGGAGCACUGUAGGUCUGGCCACCAAACUUGCAAUGUGUACAGGGGAUUCUGGAGCUGUUAACCAAGACCACAGUACAAAUGCCAUUGGCGCUGCUUCUACCAUGGCGCAUGAAAUGGGGCACAAUCUUGGCAUGUCUCAUGAUGAAGAUGUAACCCAGUGUACCUGUGCAGUCACCAGGGACAAAGGAGGCUGUGUCAUGUCAAAGAGUGUUGGUAUAGUGUACCCCAAGAUUUUCAGCAGCUGCAGCCGACAAGACCUGCAAACUUUCCUUAGGGAUGCUAGCCCUAGCUGUCUAUUCAAUGUCCCUGAUAGCACCCAGCUAUUUGGGGGUCCAGUGUGUGGAAAUGAAUUUGUGGAGAGUGGGGAAGAAUGUGACUGCGGAACACUUGAGGAAUGUACUAACCCAUGCUGUAAUGCCACAACAUGCAAACUGAAAGAGGGAGCAGAGUGUGCACAAGGAGAGUGUUGUCGGCAGUGCAAGAUUCGUCCAGUUGGGGAAAUGUGCCGCAAGAGAAAGGGAGAGUGUGAUCUUCCAGAAUAUUGCACAGGAAAUUCUGCUCAAUGUCCGGAGGAUGCCUUUCAGGAGAAUGGGCUUCCUUGUUCCAGCAAUGGCUACUGUUAUAAUGGACUAUGUCCAUCCCUUGGUCAGCACUGUAAGACUCUCUGGGGAUCAGAUGCUCAGGUUGCACCUGAUGACUGCUUCAGGAGCAAUGUUCAUGGCAAUAAGCACCUGCAUUGCAAAAAGACUGAGUAUGGAUACAGUAGCUGUAAAAUAAAGGAUGUCAAGUGUGGUCGAAUACACUGUGUAAGGGGAGCAGAAUUCCCUAUAACUAACAACAAGUAUGUGAUAAAAUUACUUGGUGGACAGGAGUGCAAAGUGGCUGAACUGUCUGAUCAGGAAAGUGGAGUAACAGCUGACCCUGGAAUGGUGCCCACUGGCACAAAGUGUGGCAUGGGAAUGGUCUGUUUUGAAGGGGAAUGCAAGGAUUUAUCCGUGUAUGGAGACAAGAACUGCUCUGCAAAGUGCAACAACAGAGGGAUCUGUAACCAUAAGCGACAGUGCCAUUGUGACCCUGGUUGGGCACCACCAUACUGUGACCACAAAUUUACAGAAAACUCUGCAGAUCAGAAUAGAGGGCUUCUCAUUGUUGGAAUUCUAGUCGCAGUUUGUGUUUUUGCUGUAAUAGUUGCUGGAGCAAUGUUCUACUACAGGAAGAGACAAAGGAAAUUUCCACAGAAAAGAAUGGCUACACCCGGGUCAGGCACUGGGUUAUCAAACCCUUUGUUUCAGGAGAGCAUGAGCAACAAACUGUACAUCAGGAAGGAUUCCCCCAGUCCCUUGAUUGGACGGCCCCAACUUAUCGCAAGCACCUCUAAUUUACAAGACUCCCGAUCGGCAUUUAUUACUAUAGUUCCCAGUGAAGAUAUGGAGAAGACCCCUUCAUUUAUCUCUACUUCCCAACCAAGAGUACCGAUAUCGGUCCCCAGAUCCCCUCAGGUGACAAGACCUCCAGUAGCCCCACCUGGACCUCCUGGCAGAGCUGUAUUACCACCAACAAAGCCACCGAAACCAACACCCCCAACCAAACCAUUGCCAAUGCUGAAACCUAAACCGGAACUAAAACAGAAGCCAUCUGCCUCUGCUCCCUUACCACCGUUGAAACCAUCAGCUCUGAAAACGACCCCUCAUCCUAUGCAUAAAGUUGCUUUAAGACCUCCUAUUCCACGGAGAUGAUAUUUUCCAUGACCUACACUAGACUAACCAAAGACUGAGGGAUUGUAUAAUUGUGAUGGUGCCUAUUGCUGAUCAUGGUGUCCUCACUGCCAUUCCAGUGCUAGAUGUGCCUUUCUUCAUUUAAUGUGAGCAGAAAGACUUGUGAUGUGGAUUCCUGUUACAUGAAACAUUAAAAAGUGAACAUCUUCGAAAGUAAACCUGUUUUGGUGGAACAGUUUAUGAAAGAACUUUUGCAAUGUGCACUAUGUGUACUAUUUAAAUGUAGGCAAGUCAUUCCAAAGUUGGAAAUUACUCCUGAAGAAUUUACUGUUGGCAUCUGGACAUUUGUGACAGGACCGGGAAUAGCAACCUGAGCUAUGUAAGAAAGAUGAACUGCUGGAUGCAAAGGAAAAGUAAUACACUCAAUGCAUCGUGGGACUUGUACUUUACUGACCAGCACAAUUUGCACUAAAGUGUGUGCGCAUAAUGGAGAAGAUUUCUUGUUUUAAAGAAGCACCUCCCGUAUGGCACAAGACAGAAAAGUAUGCAUCUGUUUACUUGCACUGCCUCUUGCACACUUCAAAUGAUUUUACUUUUGUGUAGGAGAAAAGGGAUUUAAUUUUUAAAAAUACCAAUGCUGGUAUUAUUCUCCGCACAAUUCAUUAACAUGAAUCAUUUUAUUUCAAACAGUUGUUUUAAAGAUUUUCUCUAUAGCUCAGUGUUCCAAUGUUACAUCAUUGUUCACUGUAACAUUAACUUUUUCCUAUAUUGAGAGGGGGUUUUGCACACAGGCAAUGCUUGAUUCUCUCAAUUGCUUCACAAACAUUUCAAAACGUGUACUGUACUAGUAUUUUUAUUAUUAUAUUAAUAUUUAUGAAAUGCAGUCCUCGCCGUGCUGGAGGAAGCAUUUGUUUACAUAUUAGGUACACAUGUAUGCAUGUUAUCAAUUCAUUCCUGGGCACUGAGUUAGGCCAUAUACACAUGGACGUUUAGCCCAAGUGCGUCCAAUCCCAGCAUUUAGUGUGCCCGGGGGCCCUGUUGUCUGCAGCCUGUCAAAGUUUAUGGCAGGCUAAAGUAUGCCAAGGCCAAACAGGGCUGAGCCCUGUACCUCAUGGCACACAUUUAGGGCCCUAUACGUCUAUGCCCUGUGACGAAUACCUGCAUUCCAUGUAUACAUCGCUGAACGCAUAGGGCCCUAAAUGUAUGCCCUAAAAGUAUGGCCUCGUACACA